AAACGUUACCGCCCGCGCGUUCUCCCGCAGGAGGGAAGAGGCAGCACCAACGUACUUGCCGCUCCCGGGCCGCGGGUUCCGGAGUGAGCGCGCCGAGGGAGCGAGAGCCAACCGGCGGGAGUCGGAGUCUAGGGACCGGAGCACGAGCCUGAGCCGCAGAGCACCGUCCUCCCGCCCGUCGCCACCCGCGCACCCUGCGCUGCCAGAGCCACCAGCGCAGCGUGGCCAUGGAGCCCAGCAGCAAGAAGCUGACGGGUCGCCUCAUGAUGGCUGUGGGAGGGGCAGUGCUCGGCUCCCUGCAGUUUGGCUACAACACUGGCGUUAUCAAUGCCCCCCAGAAGGUAAUCGAGGAGUUCUACAACCAGACAUGGAUCCACCGCUAUGGGGAGCACAUCGUGCCCACCACACUCACCACACUCUGGUCGCUCUCAGUGGCCAUCUUCUCCGUCGGGGGCAUGAUUGGCUCCUUCUCUGUGGGUCUUUUUGUUAAUCGCUUUGGACGGCGGAAUUCGAUGCUGAUGAUAAACCUGCUGGCCUUCGUGUCCGCUGUACUCAUGGGCUUCUCGAAACUGGGCAAGUCCUUUGAGAUGCUGAUCUUGGGCCGCUUCAUCAUCGGUGUGUACUGUGGCCUGACCACAGGCUUCGUGCCCAUGUAUGUGGGGGAGGUGUCGCCCACAUCCCUUCGUGGGGCCCUAGGCACGCUGCACCAGUUGGGCAUCGUCAUCGGCAUUCUCAUUGCCCAGGUGUUUGGCCUGGACUCCAUCAUGGGCAAUGCAGAGCUGUGGCCCCUGCUGCUGAGCAUCAUCUUCAUCCCAGCCCUGCUGCAGAGCAUCCUGCUGCCCUUCUGCCCCGAGAGCCCCCGCUUCCUGCUCAUCAACCGCAACGAGGAGAACCGGGCCAAGAGUGUGCUGAAGAAGCUGCGUGGGACAGCCGAUGUGACCCAGGACCUGCAGGAGAUGAAGGAGGAGAGUCGGCAGAUGAUGCGGGAGAAGAAGGUCACCAUCCUGGAGCUGUUCCGUUCAACCACCUAUCGCCAGCCCCUCCUCAUUGCCGUGGUGCUGCAACUGUCCCAGCAGCUGUCGGGCAUUAAUGCUGUCUUCUAUUACUCUACGAGCAUCUUCGAGAAGGCAGGGGUAGAGCAGCCUGUGUAUGCCACCAUUGGCUCCGGCAUCUUCAACACGGCCUUCACUGUCAUUUCGCUGUUUGUGGUGGAGCGAGCCGGCCGUCGGACCCUGCACCUCAUAGGCCUGGCUGGCAUGGCGGGCUGUGCCGUACUCAUGACCAUCGCGCUGGCACUGCUGGAGCAGCUGCCUUGGAUGUCCUAUCUGAGCAUUGUGGCCAUAUUUGGCUUUGUGGCCUUUUUUGAAGUGGGCCCUGGCCCCAUCCCAUGGUUCAUCGUGGCUGAACUCUUCAGCCAGGGUCCUCGCCCAGCUGCCACUGCUGUUGCUGGCUUCUCUAACUGGACCUCAAAUUUCAUAGUGGGCAUGUGCUUCCAGUAUGUGGAGCAACUGUGUGGUCCCUACGUCUUCAUCAUCUUCACUGUGCUCCUGGUUCUGUUCUUCAUCUUCACCUACUUUAAAGUUCCCGAGACUAAAGGCCGGACCUUCGAUGAAAUUGCUUCUGGCUUCCGGCAGGGGGGAGCCAGUCAAAGUGACAAGACACCCGAUGAGCUGUUCAACCCACUGGGGGCUGAUUCCCAAGUGUGAGGCGCCCCACACCACCAGCCCGGCCUGCUUCCAGCAGCCCCAAGGGUAUCUUGGGAGCACAGGCAGCUGCAUGACACUUCCAAACUGACAUAUCUCAGCUGAGCCGGGCUUGGGCUCCUUUCUUCAGCCAGCAAUGAUGUCUAGAAGAAUAUUCAGGACUUAUAAUGGCUCCAAGAUUUUAACAAAAGCAAGACUGUUGCUCAAAUCUAUUCAGACAAGCAACAGGUUUUAUAAUUUUUUUUAUUACUGAUUUUGUUAUUAUUUUUUUAUCAGCCAGAGUCUCCUGUACUCAUACCCCAAGCUUCACCCCAAUGGCUCAGUGCCUAAGAGUGGGGAUCAAGCCCUGUCCAGACACUUGCCUUCUUUGCCAGCUAAUCUGAAAGGCUGGACCUAUGACCAAGGACACACUAAUUGAACUACGAACUACGAGGCUUCUACCCCAGGAGGUGGCUGUGGCCACCCCCUUCUGCAGGCCUGGAUCUCCCUGUGUUGCUUUGCCUCCCACGGAUUUGUCACCCCUUUUCCCCUGGGUGACGGAGCCGCCAAAGAUUACUCAAAGCC